AUGCAGCGACUCAGGGAAGGCGUUCACAUACGUACAAUGAAGGCAAAGAGGAAAGUGGAGGAGAUCUCCAAAGAGGACAUCCAGGCUUUCCUUAAGAAGAAUGCCUUUGUGCUCUUUACAGUUGGGGCAGUUAUUGUAGGUAUUGUUCUGGGAUUCACACUGCGCCCAUAUAAGAUGACCUAUCGAGAGGUGAAGUACUUCUCCUUCCCCGGAGAGCUGUUAAUGAGAAUGCUUCAGAUGCUUGUUCUCCCCUUACUGGUAUCCAGUCUGAUAACAGGAAUGGCAGCUUUAGACAGCAAAGCCUCAGGAAAGAUGGGCAUGAGAGCCGUGAUUUACUACAUGACCACGACCUUUAUCGCAGUCUUCAUUGGUAUCCUAGUCGUCCUCAUCAUCCACCCGGGAAAAGGAUCAAAAGAGGAGUUUGGAAAGCAGCAGAAGAUAGAGCAAAUCAAUUCUGCUGAUGCCUUCUUAGACCUGAUCAGAAAUAUGUUUCCACCAAACUUGGUCCAAGCCUGCACGCAGCAGUUCAAAACCAAAUAUGGAAAGCGAACAGUCCAUGUGACUGUGACAGUGAAUGACACCCUCUUCAACUCGACCAAUGGUACCACAGAGGUCAUGGAGAUCACCCGGGAGGAGGUGAUCCCAGUGGCGGGUCAGGUGAACGGGGUCAAUGCUCUCGGGCUGGUGGUCUUCUCCAUGUGCUUCGGUCUAAUAAUUGGCAGCAUGAAGGAGCAGGGCCAGAUCCUGAGGGAUUUCUUCGACAGCCUCAAUGAAGCUAUCAUGCGCUUGGUUGCCAUCAUCAUGUGGUAUGCUCCUAUUGGUAUCCUGUUCCUGAUUGCAGGAAAGAUUGUGGAGAUGGAUGAUCUGACACAGAUGGGUGGCCAGCUGGGCAUGUAUACCAUCACAGUUAUCAUUGGCUUACUGAUACAUGGAGUUCUUAUUCUUCCCACUCUUUAUUUUGUUAUCACUCGGCAAAACCCUUUUAUCUUCAUUGCUGGUCUCCUGCAAGCCUUGGUAACAGCCCUGGGGACGUCCUCCAGCUCAGCCACCCUCCCUGUCACCUUUAAAUGUCUGGAGGAGAACAACAAAAUUGACAAGCGAAUCACACGUUUUGUGCUGCCUGUGGGUGCCACCAUCAACAUGGAUGGAACAGCUCUGUAUGAGGCACUGGCAGCCAUCUUCAUUGCCCAGGUCAACAAUAUGGAGAUGAACUUUGGUCAGAUCAUUACCAUCAGUAUUACAGCAACUGCAGCCAGUAUUGGAGCUGCUGGCAUCCCCCAGGCAGGCCUGGUCACCAUGGUGAUUGUACUGACCUCUGUUGGACUUCCUACUGAUGACAUCACUCUCAUCAUUGCGGUUGAUUGGUUUCUGGACCGUCUGCGUACCACAACCAAUGUCUUGGGGGAUUCCAUCGGAGCCGGCAUUGUGGAGUUCCUGUCUCGACAUGAGCUCCGCAGCAAAGACGUGGAGAUGGGAAACUCAGUGCUGGAGGAGAAGGAGAGGAAGAAACCCUACAAGCUCAUCUCCCAGGAUAGUGAUUUUGAAAAUGACAAACGUGCUCACAGUGAAUCAAACAUGUAG